AUGUCUAAUUUUCUAAAAUAUCAAAAAGAAGCUAGGGAAGAAAAAACCAUUUGCUUAUCUAAAGUAAUCAAGAAGGAAAAAAGAAGAAAUUAAUAUACAAUAGAAUUCAAAUUUGGUAGCGAUGUAGAUGUUUCAAAACUCAAGUAAAUUGUUCAAAUUAGUCAAACAAUCCCAGCUUAAAUUUCCUUACAAAUAUAUUUUAGACUAGAAUCAGAUAUGCUAAUUCCAUUAUAAUCAGAUCCCAAUCUCUAGUUAGGGGCUUUGGCUAUAGAUCCAAUUUCAUAUAAUUAUAGAAUUGUUAGGUACGAUAAACAUCACAAUAACUAUAUAUUUUAUUUUGAGCCUAUCGAUAGGCCCUUCACUCCUCUCGAAGUUGUAAAAAAUACAUUAGAAUAAUAUCAUCCAAAUUUAGGAGAACAAUUUGAGCUUUUUCACUUCAAUGUAUUAAAAUUGGAUAAUUUGGCCAUUGUUAAUGAGUAAGAAGUGUAAGAAUAUGAAAACAGCAUUAAAAAUUCUUUUGCGGUUUAUAUUUAGAAGAAACAAAAAGGUAGAAUAACGACAUUAAUAAAAUCCAUAAAUGUUUAAUAUCUGCAAUUAAUGGGAAUCAAUGAAGAGAUGUUGCAGGAUUAUGUUAAUCAAACAGGGUUAUUGCCCUGGUGUUUUCCAAAUGAAAAUCAAAAAUUUUUAAAAGUUCUUCAAGGAAUGUUUCAAGGGGCUCAUCGAGAACUUAAUAAUUCAAUGCCAGCAAUCAAUUUUAAUGGAUAACAAUUUGAAGUGAAAAUAACCCCAAAAAAAUUUCACCUCUAUAAUUAGGAUGACGAUUCCUAUCUAUCAAUUAUGUACUUUUAAUAAGAGUAUAAUACUUAACUUAUAACAUAAAACUAAAUCAUUUCAAAUAUGAAUGAAUAUUUUAAUCGAAAAACUAAUAUACCUAAGCCUGAAUUAAUUGAAUGCGAUUAAAUCAGAAGGUGUAAAUUUAGAAAAAUCUGA